CGGCAACGCAUAUCGGGGAAGAGGGAAUCCUGGAGGAAACGAAGGAAGCCACAGCGGCUUAGUCAUUCAUAAACGAACCGCUAGUGUGGUCGGACGCCUCUUUUGAGUUACUGUAGUUAUUUAACGAUUAACUGAUAACUGCACAGUGCAGCAUGGCUGCACGAAAGAAAGAGGAAUCAUCAAAGCAACGUUAUCAAGCGAACGCACGUGAAAGGGAUCGCACUCAUAGGAGAAUAUUCAGUUAUGAAAAAUUCGCGAAUACUCUAAGCGAGGGUAAGGGAUCCAAACGCGAAAUUCAAGAAAUCCAAUCUUCGCUCUGCAGUGUGAACACGGCUUUCAGUACCUUGAGAACUUUAAUACCAACGGAACCUGCGGAUAGGAAAUUAUCAAAAAUAGAGACAUUGAGAUUAGCGAGCAGUUACAUCAGCCAUUUGGGUGCUGUUCUUGUUGCCGGUCCUAUAGAUCAACCGUGUUUACGCGUUGAGGAUAGCAGCGGACUUUACGGAACAAAUUAUUGGACUGAUUCACAAACAAGGCCGCAAGUCUGCACUUUUUGCCUUGCUAUGCACAAAAAAUAUAACUUAAAUAUUACUUCAGGAGCAAUUUCAAAUUAUUGAAAGGAGAACAUAUGUGUACUGUUUUUGAAAAAUCAACAUCUAUCGACCUAAGCAAUGUAUGAAGAUUAAGAUAUACAUAAAUAAUUUACUGUACAUUUCUUGUAUAUAUACGAAUAUUAUUAAGUUUAAUAAAGUUUAUAUUGUAUCUAUUAA